UGUCCACUGCACGGCUGCCACCCCGCCAGCGCAGCUAUGGGGCCGAUAGGCCUGCUUUUGUCCAUCUCUGGCUUGCACCAGCCAGACGUGUGGACUGCAUCUCCGGGAUGCAGCAAACCAGAAUCGAGUCCAGAGACGGAGGGUGACGAUUUGAAUGACGCACCACCCCGUUCAAGCAGCUCCCUUGAGGAGGAGGAGACAGUCAUCACAAAAGUUCUCAGGUCUAUUGACCCCAGCAUGCUGGAUGGAAGCCCUGGGAAUGUCAAUGCGCUGACGCGCAAGGGCACGGCCUUUGUAACUAUAUGUAGUUCCAUCGGUUUCCAUGCGCUGCGUUUGAUUCUGCGGGACGCCUUUUUUAGAUCAGCGGCCUCUUCGACGGAGAUCAUGAAGCGCAAAGUCGCCGAGCACUACUUGCUCUCGGCCAUCCACGCCUUUGGUUGUUCCUUCUUUAGCUUGCGCAAGCUGCUGAGCAAAAAUUGGAAGUCGCCAGCUGGCUCCGAGGCCAUGCUUUGCUUCUCACUGGGCUACAGCAGUUAUACGCUGGCGGCACUUCGAGGGUCGCUGGACCCCCUGUCCGGGGUGAACGAGGUGGCGAACUUUGUGAAGCUCUGGUCCUGCUUGCGGGCGCAGGGCGUGGCCUGGAUCGUGCCCCUGCUCUUCUCCGCGGAGAUCCCCACGGCCUGUCUGGACGUGCUGCGGGUCCUGGCGGACUUCGGGGCUUCGCCCUCGAGCCUCGCCUGGCGCUUCUGCCUGGGGGCCUUCACCACCAGCUUUGUGGCCGUGAAGGCUGUGGCGCUGCCGAUCUGCCUGGGGCGCCUGAUCCUGCGGCCGCAGGAGUUCCCGGAGCUGCACCAGCCCGCGUUCCUGCCCGCCAAGCUGGCGAUCCUGCUGCGGGCCUUCCUGAACUACGUGUGGCUGAGCAUCGCCGCAAGGCACUGGGUGCCGGUGCGGCAUCUGCACCCGGAGGGCCAGUACCUGAUCUCCCCGAAAGACCAGCGCUUGCCGCAGCUCCGGGACAUCACCCCAGACAUCUCUCAGUCCUUGCAGAACAUCCGGAAGGCGUACAACCCCAUGAGCUUGCUCUUCUUCGCGGUGCUUCAGGGAUGCUACUUUGUUGGCCCUGCGGCUCUCCCUGCCAUCCUCUAUGCGUUGGCUCGCAUCCCGAAGUACCGCUGGGCGGCAGGCUCGGCGCUGGGGAUGCUGGGAGUCCUGGCAGUGUGGCCCAUGCACACUGAAAGGCCAUACCGCACGGGAGGCACUGCCAUGGCCUCGUUUUUUCAGAGGUGGCUGCGGGAGCGGCUGCUGAGGUACUUCUCCUUCCAGGCGAUCUUUGAGGAGCCCUUGCAGAAGGAUCGCAAGUACCUCUUGGCGGUCAUGCCUCAUGGGGUCAUCCCUUUUGCCAGCACCUGCCUGUCAAUUGCGCUGGAGAAGGAAGGCUUUGUGCCCAACAGCAUCGGUGCAGACAUUCUGUUCCAGAUUCCUCUGCUCAGGCAGCUUUGUAGGUUUGGCGGCCUGGUGCCGGCAACCCCUCAGUCAAUCAAAAGGGCCUUGACUUGGAAAUAUCCCAACAACAUCACCUUCAUCGUCCCGGGCGGCAUUGCGGAAAUCUUCCUGAUGCGCCCAGAUCUAGAACAGGUCUUCAUCAAGAGUCGUAAAGGCUUCAUCCGCUUGGCUUUGCAAGCCGGCGUGGACAUCGUGCCAGUCUAUGGGCUUGGCCACACGCAGCUCUUCAGCAUGCUGGACAAGUCCUCGACUCUUGGAGGCUUUCUGAUGCGAAUGAGCCGGCGCCUGAAGGUGUCACUGCCCUUGAGCUACGGCCGGUGGGGGAUGCCGCUGAUCCCCUACUCAAAGCCGAUUGCAGCCCUGGUGGGCAAGCCCAUUCGGGUGGACGAGCCGUGUCCCAACCCAACAGAGGAGCACGUCAACGAAGUCCAUGCUCAGUUCGUCAACGAGCUGAUCCGUGUCUUUGAGAAACACAAAGGCGUGGUGCCUGGCUACGAGAACAAGCAGCUGUACUUGGAAGACGAGGAUGUUCCUCCGCUCCGGAAAGACGACGCGCUGGCAGCAGACGUGCUGUUUCCCAGCACGUUGCCUUCCCUGAAAAGUCGCCUGUGACACAGUAGUGUCACAGGUUGGCCGGUUAUUCGGCUGAGUGUGGCAGUAUUGCUGGCGAACUGCCGGCAGAGCUUGAUUAGAUGAGGCAGGGGACCGUCCGAAAUGCAAGCAGCCUAUGAGACAGGAGACUGACUGUCACUUGCCCAGGUGUUCAUAACGUAGGUUGUAUCAGGCACAGGCACCGCUCUACAAGCGGCAUGCUGUGCUCGAGAAAAGGGGUGCCAGCUGCAAUCGCAUGUGCAGAUGGCAUCGCAAAGUCCCGCCAGAUGUGCC